GGAGCCCAAAGGCCGAAGCCCAUAUGCCCCCAGCUGAACACUACUUAUAUAAAGCGAAUUGCUCCAGCAGCCGUCCCUUGAGCUAGGGUUUUAUCGCCGCCGCCGCCGCUUCUCCACUCUCCCCUGCCCCCGUCGCCGUCGCCACCGCCGCCGCCAUGUCCGGGAGGAAGAAGACACGGGAGCCCAAGGAGGAGAACGUCACCCUCGGCCCGACCGUGCGCGAGGGCGAGUACGUCUUCGGCGUCGCCCACAUCUUCGCCUCCUUCAACGACACCUUCAUCCAUGUCACCGAUCUGUCCGGGAGGGAGACGCUCGUCCGCAUCACUGGUGGCAUGAAGGUUAAAGCUGAUCGCGACGAAUCUUCCCCUUAUGCUGCUAUGCUUGCUUCACAGGAUGUUGCUCAAAGAUGCAAGGAGCUUGGAAUAACUGCUUUGCAUAUCAAGCUCCGUGCUACUGGUGGUAACAAGACAAAAACCCCUGGUCCUGGUGCUCAGUCCGCACUUAGAGCACUUGCUCGAUCUGGCAUGAAGAUUGGUCGUAUUGAGGAUGUUACUCCAGUGCCGACUGAUAGCACACGCAGAAAGGGUGGUAGAAGGGGUAGGAGGCUGUAAUCUUCAUGCGGCCUCAAACCGACAACACUCUGCUCUCCUAGAUGUUACCGUCUGCAUUGGACUAUUUUGUUUCUGUGCUUUUCAUUCGGUGGAUUAUUUAAACCAGUUUUGAACUCUGUUUCUGCAUCAAUUCAUGCUGUCCUCAAUGUAACCAACGUUAUCUGCUUCGACCGGUGAACAUACUCCUGUUGGAUUACUUGAGCAUAUGCCACUACAGGCCGGACACUGCUUUCGUUGUUUAUUCGGGAGAGCAUGGCAAACUUGGGAGAUGAAAACCUGGAAAAUGGUGCGAGGAUAAUGGGCAUAACUGUAAAAUAGUGCGUUUUGUACGAAAACUUUAUAUAUGAAAGUUGUUUUAAAAUUUCAGGUUAA